AUGAUCUCUUCCGAAGACGUCGUCAAAAUGAAAAAGAAAAAAUGGCUGACUGCAGAGGAAUGGAUGAAGAUAAUCAGCGAAAAGACGUAUUCCGAAAGUCUCGAAAUCGGAUUAAAUGAACUUCAAAAACUCAAAGAAGAAGGUACACUGACAAUUCGAGUUCCAAAAGAGAGCAAUGGCAAAAUUCCGUUCGAUACUAUUACAUGGUCAAAAACAGUCAGAUCCCUGAAAAUCCGUCAUGAACCUCGCUACUGUAUGAUGAAACUUUUUGAUAGCGACGUUCAAACUGUCCGCUGUCUCCGCUAUGAAUCAGAGGACAUAUCGAAGCAGUUUUUACAAGUUUAUUUUUGGGUUUUCACAUACGAUGACUAUAUCUACUCGCACUACGUUAUUCUCACCAAUGAAUGUGAACUUCCCGAGUCUUCAAAUUCGAAUAAACGGCGCCUGAACACUCAUCAGAUUGAUAUUCUGCGGAACGACGUGAUGCCUAAUGAAACGAUAGUUAAUGCGAAACGAGUUGCUCAUGAACGAGGAAUUAAUGUGACAACAAAACAGCUAUUAAACUUGAACCGAAAAGAUCGCACAGCUGACAUCGAUCCCAGAGGACCACGUGGGGAUAUCGUUAAACUUAUUGAAUCCAUUAGAGCUGUUCAAACUGAUGAGGAAUUGUAG